AAUAAAUAAGUUUUUGAUGAAUGACUUUUGAAUGCAAACGUUAUUUAUGUGAACACAUGUUUAGUGUUGUUGUUGUGAUUGAUUUGUUGUGACAAUUGUCUGCCACAAUGUUGUCAUCGAUGGUAACCAAACAUCACAAUCAGCUCAAGAUUAAGAAAGAAGAGAUCGAGACCAAACGAAACGAAGCGAUCGAUAGUUCGGUGGACUUCACGUCAAAUCUGGUCAACCAUUUGAACGAUGGAGUGGCCAAAACAUAUCUAAACCAACGAAAGCUGGACUCGGAGUCCAAACAAUUGGUCCAAAAUGUGGCACAAUUUGAACGAUCAGUGAAUCAAUGGUUGGGUUUAAUGAAUGGC